AGGAGUUUUAGUGUUUUUUAAUGAAGUCGAUUAAGUCAGUUUAUCGGCAUUGAUUUUUUAUAUCAUAGUUUUUCUGUGAAGAACUGAAGUACGAGUAUUAGAUCUUCUGAGCUAAGGCGGUUAUCACGCUGAUGAUGUUUUCGGAUGAGAUGACGGUGUGCGAGCGAGACAGUGUCAUGUCUAUAGUGUUGUUUAACUCGCAUGAAAUGGCAUUCAUAUGCGGCGUCAGUGUGAUAAGAUCAACUAUCUGAACGAGUUCAUGCGCAUAUCAUAUCUACCUACUCCGAUAUUAUUGUGUUCAGCGCCAUCUCUCUGGCCUACCGUGGACUACGAGGAACAUAUUUUAUACUACAGUGCGUUUGAAUACUUUGAAUACACGUUAUGUUGUCAUUUCUGCAUUUUAAUUUUUAAAUCCUUGUACUUUAUCACAUUCUACUUGUUUAGCAAUCUGUACGGAUAUGUUGUUAUUUAUUGCAUUUCGUGCUUUCAUCUUGGCCAGCCAAAAUUAUACCAUGAAAUACAAUGCUAACAAAUAAGGGUUUAAGGUUUAAUAAAUUCGUAAAGUUGGAUAUAUACGAGUGAUACGAGUAACAAGUAACUCACUAAGUUUAAUAGAAUUAUAUAAUACAAUACAGCUAGUAGUUUCACCUCUAGAACAUCUUAUCAGUUAUCACAACAAGUUCCGAGUUAUCUCGAUACAAUCCGACAAAGGGAAACCGUUGUGGCGAGUAUCCGAAUGUUAGAUGAUAAAAUAAAACAAAACAAACUAACCUCACUUAUCAUGUGAAUAUUGCUAACAGAAAUUAAAAUUGGUUCAAUCUAACACUACAUUAGUUAAUAGUUCGUUAAUUUCGCAUUACUAAUACGGCCAUGGCGAUUCCGGCUGAGAGGGCCGUGCUGUACGCGUUCUGGGCGUCUUCGUGCUCGUGGCGCGUGCGCGCGGCGCUGGUGGCCAAACGCUUGUCCUUCGAGGAGCGAUCCAUCGACAUCGUGAAACAGAAGCAGCAGAAGACUGAGAGCUACCGCGUCAUCUGCCCUUCGCAGAAGGUCCCGGCCCUUGUCAUAGAUGGUGUGACGCUAGUAGAAUCCAUGGCCAUGCUGCAGUAUCUGGAAGACACCCGCCCGCAGCCGAGCCUGGCACCCUCCACUCCACUACUCAGGGCCCGAAUGAGGGAGAUUGUUGAGACUGUAGUUGCCGGUAUUCAGCCGCUACAAAACGUCGGGCUCCGAGGUUCGUUCGAGGAUGAGGCACACUACACGAAGUUCGUCCGUCACUGGACCGUGCGCGGUCUCGAGACGCUGGAAGAGCUGUUGUCGAGAACCGCGCGGGACCGCAUGUACUGCGUCGGCAACCAGCUUACCUAUGCCGACAUAUGUCUCGUGCCUCAAGUCUACAACGCCGUUGGAAGGCACAACAUAAACAUCAGUACUUAUCCAACGGUCGUAAGACUUUACGAAGCGCUUCUCAAAGACAACGUGUUUGCGGCUUCACACCCCGAAAAAGUAAAAAUUGGAACCCAGUAAAAGUGAAUUGUAUAUCAACAUUUAUAAAAAAUGACAAGUUUCCAAAACUUCUUACAAAACUUUUGUAAUCUUGUCUUGUAUAUUGUACAAUUAUAAUCAUUAAUCAGCACACAAAGAACCAAAUGGGCGCUUUAUACUUUACCGUGGAACAGUAUAUCGUUGCCGUGAACAUUAAAACAUACCGUUGUCGUGGAACAUACCGCUUUGGAAUCGCCUUUCAGAGCUUACCCCUCUGUCGAAAACCUCGGCCAAUGGUCAUAUGUAUUGUAUGGACUGACUUUUAUGUGACAUUUAUCAUACAUUUGGCGUACCCCACCCCCGCAAAAAUCGCCAGACUGUUAUGUACAGGAAAUUACAAAAAAGGUAGCUCCAGUUGUUAAAUCCUUCAAGUUGUCGUGGACAUUCACGGUCAAGUAUAAAAGCGCAUAAUUUUAAUAAAAUAAAUACGUUUUUC